UUCACUUUUCAGAUUUUAAAAGAAAAAUGAAGGUAAAGCGGCAGAAGAGGGUUGCGAAAAUUCUAAAAUAUUUUCAUCUAAAUUUUGGUUUUCGGCGGCCAUUCAAUCUGGUCGUCGACGGAACCUUCUGCGCCGGAUGUUUGGAGGCGAAGGUUAAAAUCAAGGAGCAGAUGCCUAAAUAUAUUGGAGAGUGCAAGCUGGUAACUACUGGAUGCUGUAUCACAGAAAUAGAAUCUCUAGGUUCUCCUCAGCUGUACGGUGCUACUCUAAUACUCAAGAGCAUGGCAUUAUUUAGAUGUGAUCACAAGGAAUCCAUUGGGGCCAGUGCUUGUAUUAAGAGUCUGGUUAAAAAUGGAAACCCUCAUCAUUUCAUCGUUUCAUCACAGGAUCAGUCACUUAGGGAAGAUUUGCGAAAUAUUCCCGGAAUUCCGCUGCUCUAUCUCCAUGGAAAUGCGCCAACUCUUGAGAAACCUUCUGACCUGACAGAGUCUUUGACGGAGAAAAUCUCCGACGGGAAAACCAACCUCAGUCAGCACCAGCACAACAUCCUCCAGGAGUUAAAGAAACAGAAAUUCGGUGAGGAGGUGAAACCGAUCAGGAAGAAAAGAAAAGGACCUCGGGGUCCUAAUCCUCUUUCUUGCAAGAAAAGUUCUAAGUCCAAACCAUCUGAAUCUCUACCCACAAAUCAGAAUUCGGGCAAGAAAAAGCGACGAAAGAAAAAAAAGACUGCUCAGGAAUAACGUUGAAAUCCUUCAUUUUUUCAG